AUGGCAAAACAAAAGACUACUACUAAGACCACGAAGAGGUACAGAUACUCUUCUUUCAAAUCUAAAAUCGAUGAUUUGAGAAUUGAACCUGCCAGAGUUUUAACUAAAAGAGCCCAUGAUUACGUGGAAACUUCUCACUUAUUAGCAUCUUUUGAUCAUUGGAAAGAAAUUAACUUGAGUGCUGGUUUUACUAAUUUUUCAGAAGAAAUUGAAAGAUAUAUUCAAACUUUGCCCCAAAUUUUAUAUCAUCAGGAUAAGAUCUCUGAAACUUUAAUAAAGUAUAUCGAUUUACAUGAUGAUAAAUCUUUACAACCUCUACUUGAAGUACUAGCUCAAUUUUGUCAUGAUCUGGGUCCAGACUUUUUAAAGUUUUAUGAACCAACAGUGCUGUCAUUAAUCAGACUAUUAGAAGAAGCUGUGAAAUUUGAAUCUACUGAAGUAUUCGAAUGGGGGUUUAAUUGUUUAGCAUACAUUUUCAAAUAUUUGUCCAAGUUUUUAAGUGAUGAUCUGGUUACAACUUUUAAUUUAUUAUUUCCUUUAUUAUCUCACUCGAAGGAAUAUUUAUCUAGAUUCUCUGCUGAAGCAAUGUCAUUUUUAAUAAGAAAGGCAAGCUCAAAGAAUUUAGAAAAAUUCAUUGUAUUUUCAUUCAAUAAAGUUGAUAACAUUGAACAAUCGAACUUAUAUGAAGGGAUUUUAACAUUGUGUACUGAAUCUUUAACUUCUACUCAAGGUGCUCUUCACUCCAAAUCCAAGACAAUAUUAUCAAUAAUCAUUUUAAGUAGUUUGAAAUCUGACAAUCAAGAAGUCACUACCUCAUUGGUUUGUGAUAUCUGGAUGAAUAUAUCAAAACAUGCAACCUUGGAAAAUUUAGAGCCUCUAUAUUCUGUCGUAUUGGAAAUUUUAGGAGGACAGAUUGAUGAAUCUAAUUUAGACAUGAUCACAAGGAUUUUAGGAACUUUAGUCUUUUCUGAAAGUGGUAAAAAAAUUUCCAAUUGGAAUCAAGUUACUUCUGUUAUAGAUAAGUUAAUCACCAAAGAAGAUACAACUACUUUGAAUCCAAAAUCGCUAGCCUUCCUUUUUGGGACAUUGUUCCGUAAUUUGGAUAUCAAAAACUUGACAAUAUAUCAUAAGAAGUUCUUUGAAUUUUAUCAAAACAAGUUUCCAAGUUUCUUUAUAGAAUUUUUUAGGCUUUCUUUGGACAUGAGCGCUUCUAAUGUUUUAUCCUUCAAUGGAACAAAAUACUUUCAAAAAUUUAUUGGAAACCAUGGGGAAGAAUAUGGAAAGCAGCUAUCACUAUUUUUAUUAGAACUUGAGGAAGAUGAACAGUUGAAGCGAAAAUUACCUGUAAGCAUUUCCAGUGACUUUUCAAACACAUUGGUAAAAUCAUUGGAUGGUUUAUCCACUUGUGCCAAUUUACUAGAUAUUUACUGGAGAGUAAUAUUACUGGAACAUUCAAAGAGCAAGUGUGACACAAGUGUAGUAACUAUCAUCAUCAAUUUAAUUUCAUCAGAUAAUAAAUUUGCAGAUUUUGAGAAGGACAUUAUUGGCCAUUUAUUAAAACUACUUGUACAAUUGGAUGUGAAGGAUAAAAUAGGUUUACUGGAGAUGUUGUUUGGUCAACUUGAGAAGCUAAAGGACAGUGUAUAUUUUAUAACCGGAUUUAAUACCUUUUUGGCUUCAUUUAACGGUGACAAUCAAUUAACUGAGAUAUUGAAUGGCUACCAGUUGAACUUUGAGACCUUAUCGACAAAUUUGUAUCUCCCAGACCAGCAGAUUCGUUAUGAAACCUUGAAGUUGUAUUCGACUCUGUACUCCAUUAAGGGCCAAGAAUUUCCAGUCCUGCUGAAUGAGUGUAAAAUAUUAGAAGAAAUUCCCUUAACAUUGAACAAUGCUCGUGAUAUUACUGUCAGAAUAAGAAAAAUGGGAGAAUACUUUAAAAACAAUGAACUGGACCCUUUUGUGAGGACCGCUUUCUUUAGAUUCUUGUUUGGUUUGUUAACCAUCAGAUUUUCACCUGUUUGGGAUGGUGUUUAUGAAAUACUUCCUGAUAUUUAUUCCAGUGACCAACAGCUAAUAUGGGAUCUACUUUUGAAGAUUCUUGUUGCUCCAGAUCACAUUCACGUUGUGACAUACCCUGAAGAUAUAAUGCAAGAUGAUCUAGAUUCUGAAGUUUGGCAAGUGUAUGUUAGUAGAUUAAAUGAUUCUCUAAAGCGUGUCUCUAAUCUUUGGUCUAAAUACACCUACAGUGAAAAUUCUUUACUGGAGAUAACAAAAUCUAGAAGGGGUAAUUUGAAAUUCCCUCCCCAAAUUAGAAGCCAGUCUUUAAAAUUGAUGAAUCUAAUUCCAACACUUGCAGAACGUCACUCAAAAGAUAUUGUCCUUUUCCUAUUUAACGAAAAUGAACUAAAAGAUAUUCUGAAAAGUGACAAUAGUACUACAAUUACGAAUAUCACAAGUGCAUCAAAUUGGUUUGAUCAAGACAGAAAUUCAUUACUGAAAGUUGUGGCUAAGUUCAAAAAUAUCAAGUCAAUUUAUAAAGAAGACAAAGUUUAUACAAGACUGAUGUCUCUAUUGAGUAGUGGUAAUAAUGAUGUCCAAAAACUAGCAUUGAGUGCUUUAUUUGCAUACAAAGAACCUUCUGUGGUUAAGUACAGAGAUAAUUUGAAAAGCUUACUAGACGACACUUUAUUUAGAGAUGAAAUAACCAAAUUUUUGGCAAAGGGUGAAGCUAGAAUCAUAGAAGAUAAUGACGAACUAAGUUUAAUGCCAUAUAUAUUGCGGAUUCUUUUUGGUCGUGCUCAAACUGCAAAUUCUAGUGGUGUCAAAAAAAGUCGUAAGAACGCUGUUUUAUCAGUAUUACCAAUGUUAAAAGAACAGUAUAUUGUCGAUUUUUUCAGAUUGGGUGGUAGUAGAUUUAAGCAUGAAAUUUUCUUUGAAUCCAGCCACACCAUUCCAGAAGAGGAUAUGACACCAAAUGGGAUGAAGCGUAUGACUGGUUUUGUAAAUAUUGUCAGUCAAGCUCUUUCGGUUCUUGGUGCACGCUUUCCUAAGGUUAUUGCUAGUGUAAUCAGACCGAUUUUAUACAUUUUAACGGUUUCUAAUCAAGCCCUGGCUGAUACCGACGCCAGUGAUAUUGAUAUUGGAGUUCAAAAGGUUUCUUCAUACUUAAGGCAAAUUACUAUGAGAUGUCUGUAUAAUAUUUUUGAAACAAUUGGAAAUGAAUUAUCCUGGGAUGAAUUUAUUGUUGAUAUGUUCCAACUGGUUAUUGAACCUCGUUUGGCCAAAUUUGAAGGUGAAAAUUUACAACAACCAUCUUCUAUCUUGAAGUUGAUUUCCUAUUGGUCCACCUCUGAACAAUUAUAUCCAUUCCUAUACUAUAACGACUACUCUGCUCCUGCAGCGUUGAUGAGGACAAUGUCAAACCCAAAUGUAAAGGAAUCCGUCCUAGUAGUGAUUCUGGAAGCUGCCAACAAUAUCAUCAAAACUCCAUCAUCGUCUGACCAAUAUGUAGAGCUUGUCACAUUGAUUUCCUCAACUUCACUAAAAAUACUUCCAGAGCUAUAUCCCAAACUUACGAGUACCGAAUCGGUAUCAGUUGCAGUCGAUUUACUUCUUAACAUGACAGAGGCAGGAUAUGUCAGUGAUAAUGAUACAAGAAAAUACCUUGUAGAGUCUUUAACCCAAAUUAUUGAUGGAGGUUUGAGAGUCAUUGACAAUAACGGAAGGUUGAAGGUGUUGAAAGUAUUGAGUGUUCUAAUAGCAGAGUAUGACUGUUCGUGGUCAGAAAUUGAGAAACUAUAUGAAGUAUGUUCCAAUUUAUAUAAAGUAUACUCGGAGAGAAACUUGAGAGACGCAGUCACUGAUGUUUUUACUAGUUUAGGUGAAAGAUUCUCAAAUAUCGAGAGAGUAGCAAAACUAUUAAGAGAUCUAAACUCGUAUUCAACCACACGUAUCCAUGAAUAUGAUUUCCCAACCAGAUUGUCUGCUUUCAAGAAAUUCACAGAGGAAGAUUUCAAGACUUAUACAGAAAUUGAAUGGCUUCCAGUCAUCAACACUUGUUUAUAUACAUUGAAUGAGAAGGAUGAAUUGGCAUUGAGAAAUAAUGCUAGACAUACCAUCAAUACAUUCGUAGAUUUUAUGAAUGCUAAAGCUUCAGCAGAAGAUGCGAAAAAGGCGGUAACAUUAUUGAAGGCUGUAAUCUUGCCUUACAUUCGUGCUGGUUUAAGAAGAUACGAUGAAGAAAUACAAGGUGAAUAUGUUGGUAUUUUGGCUUACAUUGUGGCACAUUCAUCGUAUUAUAAUGAAUUGAAUGAUAUGCGUGUAUUGCUAUAUAAUGAUGAUGAUGAAGCUAACUUUUUCACUAACAUCAACAAUAUUCAGUUACAUCGUCGUCAAAGAGCAGUAAAAAGACUAAGAGAACAUGGCAAAGAGCUGUCAGAUGGUAGUAUAUCUCACUAUUUGAUUCCAAUUAUUGAACAUUAUGUAUUUUCCACCGAAGAAAAAUACAGGAAUAUUGGUAAUGAAGCUCUAUUGACAAUAGGUGAACUAUCUAACUCUAUGUCUUGGAAUCAAUACCAAGCAUUAUUUAGGAGAUAUAUUUCAAUUUUGAAAAAUAAGCCGGAUCAUUUGAAAGAGGUCGUGACAUUACUUACUCAGGUCUCCAUUUCAAUCAAAAACACCCUACAAAAUGAAAGAGGUAGGUGCAAAACAGAUCUAGUUCUAAAAAAACUUCCAAACAAGAUUGCUGGUAUCGAUUCCUUUGUCAUCAAUGAGGUAUACCCACUUUUAUCCAAGAUUUUGGCUACAAGAAACGAAGAAACCAUAGUUGCAAGAAUGCCAUUAGCCGAAGUUUUGGUAAAUAUUGUAUUGGGUUUGGAAUCCGAAACUAUGGUUAGCUUAUUACCUGGUAUUUUAACCAGUACAUGCCAAGUCCUGAGAAGUAAAUCAGAUGAUUUGCGUGAAGCUGUGAGAAGAACAUUAUCCAAAAUCAGUGUUAUUUUGGGACCUGAAUAUCUGGUAUUCAUUAUUAAGGAAUUGACAUCUGCAUUGAGGAGAGGCUCUCAGGUACACGUUUUAAGUUACACAAUACACCAUAUUUUGAAGGCUUUGGAAGAAUACUUGAAUCAUGGCGAUUUAGAUGUUUCUGCCAAGAUGAUUGUUAAUGUCAUUAUGGAGGAUAUCUUCGGAACCGCUGGUCAGGAAAAGGACUCUGAUAAUUAUAAUACGAAGAUUAAAGAAGUUAAGGUAAACCGAAGUUACGACACUGGUGAAAUUUUGUCAUCGAAUAUUUCUCUACCUAUAUUCAAUACCGUUUUGUCACCUGUGAAGGCAUUAUUGAUGGAAAAGAUGAACCUAAAAAGUCAGCAUAAAUUAGAUGAACUUUUGAGAAGAUACGCGUUAGGUCUAAACCACAAUAGCGAUACAGGUAAAACAGAUGUUCUGAAAUUAUGCUAUGAAAUCUUUGAACAGUCCCAGCAACCAGCUAUUAACCGUAAAAGUCAAAAGAAGACUGAAAUAGAUGAAAAAGAAGAAUUUUUCUUGGUUAAUUUGAAUAGCAAAGGUGUGAAAGUCCAAGUCGAAAGUUCACUAUAUAUUGAUACUUUGCAGCGUUUUUCUCUUGAUUUACUAAAAACCAUACUUUCAAAACAUUCAAAUCUGCUUGAUGUUGCUUACCUAGAUGGGUUCAUUCCUCUAUUAAAAACGUCGCUGCAGUCUGAAAAUGAAGGUGUGUUGGUAAGUACGUUACGUGUACUGAUUCUAUUGAUUAAAUUGGACUUCAGCGAUGAAUCAGAACCGGUUUUCAAGAAUUGUGCAAGAAAAGUAUUGAACAUAAUUAAAGAUUCCCCUUCAACAUCUACUGAAUUAUGCCAGAUGGGCUUAAAGUUUUUGUCAUCCUUCAUGCGUCAUAAAGAUAUAAAAUUAAAAGACACUGCUUUGAGCUAUGUCUUGGGUAGAAUUUUACCUGACUUAAAUGAACCUAGUAAACAAGGUCUAGCAUUCAACUUUUUGAAGGCGUUGAUAUCCAAGCAUGUCAUGCUGCCAGAGCUGUACGAGGUGAUUGAUUCAGUUAGAGAAAUAGUUGUUACUAAUCACUCUAAAGAAAUCAGAGAUGUUUCAAGAAGUGUAUACUAUCAAUUCUUGAUGGAGUACGAUCAAAGUAAGGGCCGUUUAGAAAAGCAAUUCAAGUUCAUGGUGGAUAAUUUACAAUAUCCUUCGCAGGAUGGUCGUCAAUCUAUAAUGGAACUAAUAAAUUUGAUUGUGAUGAAAGCUAAUGAAGUCUUGUUAACCAAGCUUUCAUCGUCAUUUUUUGUAGCUUUAGCAAAUGUCUCGUUUAAUGAUGACAGUCCUAAAUGUAGAGAGAUGGCUUCUGUGUUAUUGGCUAACUUGUUGCAAAAAGUCAACGCUUCAAGUUUGGAUACAAUUGAAAAGUACAUAAUCUCAUGGUUUAAGCAGUCUGACAACCCUUCUUUCCUAAAUCUAAGUUUGCGUAUCUAUAAGAUCUAUGCAAGUAGUGUUGGUCUAGGAAGCAAUCUAGUGUUGGAUGAAUUGGCAGUUACUAGAGUCAAAACCAUAAUAUCUCAAACUGGUGUUGGCUCUUCCAUUGAAUGGGAUACUGUAUAUUCUGCAUUAUCUGUAUUUACAAUCAUUUCUGAAAAGUCAGAGAGUGUAUACGGCUCCGACUUUAAAGGAACUUGGGAUAAUAUCAUUGGAUGUUUAUUAUAUCCGCAUACCUGGGUUCGUUUGUCUGCCAGUCGUUUGGUGAAUCAAGUUGUUAACAAUUUAGAAAAGUUUGAAGUUAAGUUUACUGAUUUUGAAAUUCAAACAAUUGUAUCAAGAAUCAUGCACCAACUAUCAGCUCCAUCAAUAUCUGAAAAUUUAUCUACAGUUGCUAUCAAGACGCUAGUUAAAAUUGUAAUUAGAUGGAAAGACCAUAACACUAAAUUCAUUUCAAAAGAUGGUGAUACUGAAGAGAAGACACCUUCUUAUUCCAGUGCAUUAGAUUACAUGGUAUCUAGAGCAUCAGCAAUUAUUAGAAGUGAAGAGAAUCCAAAUGAUUCAUUUAUGUCCAAGAAGUCUUCUAUACAAUUGUUGGCAAUGAUGGUGCAGCUAAUGAAUGAAACUCAACUAUUAGAUGAAUCGGAAAAAAUCAUGUUGCCACUAUUCAUUUAUACAGAAAUUGAUCAAAAUAAUAGGUUAAAGGAUCAGGAUAAGGAACUAGUAGACCUUGCUCAAGAAUGUUUAAAAAUGUUAGAGGUCAAAAUGACUGUGUCUGACUUCACCAAAUCGUAUACCUCUGUCAAACAAACUGUAAUGAAGAGAAGAAGAGAGAGAAGAACAAAAAGAUCGAUUUUAGCUGUGACUGCUCCAGAUAUUGCCGCACAGAGAAAGUUAAAGAAGCAUGCUAGAUCUAGGGAAAAGAGAAAGCAUGAGAAGGAUGACAGUGGAUUUUAUCAAAGAAAAAAUAAGACAAGGAGAGUAUAG